GCCUCUCCCGUCCAUUGUUCUCGGUGCCCCUCGGGCUUGAGCCGCGGAUAGUCCGGAGGGGCCGUGCCGUGCCCGGGGGCGCUUUGGCGCGCGGAGUGGCUGCGGAAGCCCGACCUGGUCUCCCGAGAGCCAGACUUCUUGUUGAAAUUUGAGGCAGGAGGUGUCUCCUCCGUGAGCCUCACUCUAGAAGAUUGAGGUUCAAGGUUAGAGCCCUGGGCGAUCGCCCUGGGAAGGUGAAUGAUGGCUGCAGAGGGGCCGAGAGUAACCAGCUCCCUGAGCCCCUUGGUCCAGGUGCCUCAAGAGGAAGAUGAACAGGAGGAGGUCACCACCAUGAUCCUGGAGGAUGACUCUUGGGUGCAGGAAGCUGUAUUGCAGGAAGAUGGCCCUGAGUCAGAGCCCUUUCCCCAGAGUGCUGGCAAGGGUAGCCCCCACGGGGAGGCCGCCGGAGGGCCGCAGGGUGCACUUGGCCGCCUCCGAGAGCUCUGUCGGCGCUGGCUGAGGCCGGAAGUGCACACCAAGGAACAGAUGCUGACCGUGCUACCAAGGGAAAUUCAGGCCUGGCUGCAAGAGCAUCGUCCCGAAACCAGUGAGGAGGCCGUGGCCCUGGUGGAGGACUUGACCCAGACCCUUCGGGAAGGCGAUUUUGAGAUCCAGAGUGACAAUGGGGAGAACUCCAAUCAGGAUCUAUUUGAGGACGCUGAGACACAUGAGAUGUUCUCAGAAAUGCCAGAAGGGGAAGGCCUUCCGCAAUCUGACUGGGAAAGUGACUCUGAGAGAGACUGUGGCUCCAGGGGGCCACAGGGGAAUGCCCCGAGUGGGGACCACAGGGAGGUGCCCUCUCAGGGCAAGGAAGUCGGGCAGCUCAUCGGCCUUCAGGGCACCUAUCUGGGUGAGAAGCCCUACGAGUGUCCCCAGUGUGGGAAAACCUUCAGCCGGAAAUCCCACCUGAUCACUCAUGAGCGGACCCACACAGGAGAGAAAUACUACAAAUGCAACGAAUGUGGGAAAAGCUUUAGCGAUGGUUCCAACUUCAGCAGACACCAAACCACCCACACAGGGGAGAAACCUUACAAAUGCAGAGACUGUGGGAAAAGCUUUAGCCGGAGUGCAAACCUCAUCACCCACCAGAGGAUCCACACGGGAGAAAAGCCCUUCCAGUGUGCCGAGUGUGGCAAGAGUUUCAGCAGGAGCCCCAAUCUUAUUGCCCACCAGAGAACCCACACGGGUGAGAAGCCCUACUCGUGCCCCGAGUGUGGGAAGAGCUUCGGCAACCGGUCCAGCCUUAACACGCACCAGGGCAUCCACACAGGCGAAAAGCCAUACGAGUGCAAGGAGUGUGGGGAGAGCUUCAGCUAUAACUCCAACCUGAUCCGGCACCAGCGGAUCCACACAGGCGAGAAGCCCUACAAGUGCGCCGAGUGCGGGCAAAGGUUCAGCCAGAGCUCGGCACUGAUCACGCACCGGAGGACACACACUGGCGAGAAGCCCUACCAGUGCGGCGAGUGCGGCAAGAGCUUCAGCCGCAGCUCCAACCUGGCCACACACCGCCGCACACAUCUGCUGGAGAAGCCCUACAAGUGCGGCGAGUGUGGCAAGAGCUUCAGCCAGAGUUCCAGCCUCAUCGCGCACCAGGGCACGCACACUGGCGAGAAGCCCUAUGAGUGCCUGACGUGCGGGGAAAGCUUCAGCUGGAGCUCCAACCUCCUCAAGCACCAGCGAGUUCACACCGGUGAGAAGCCAUACAAGUGCACGGAGUGUGGCAAGGGCUUCAGCCAGCGCUCGCAGCUCGCGGUGCACCAGCGGACGCACACGGGCGAGAAGCCCUACCAGUGCCUAAUGUGCGGCAAGAGCUUCAGCCGUGGCUCCAUCCUGGUCAUGCACCAGCGUGCCCACUUGGGGGACAAGCCCUACCGCUGCCCUGAGUGCGGUAAGGGCUUCAGCUGGAACUCUGUCCUCAUCAUCCACCAGCGCAUCCACACGGGGGAGAGGCCCUACAAGUGCCCCGAGUGUGGCAAGGGCUUUAGCAACAGCUCUAACUUCAUCACUCACCAGAGAACACACGCCAAAGACAAAGCCUACUGAGCUGGCUGAGGGCCAAUGGGGAGGGCAAUCAGGGCCGAGCCACGCUGCCCCCAAAUGGUGACAUCCCUCCAGGAAAGCCAUUCUUCCCAAGAGGUCUCUAGGGACUUGGGCCAGAAUCUCACCCUCGCUCAUCCCCGAUUCUAAUAUAUGCUGCCAUUUCAGUGUAUGGAGUCACACCCCCAGAACAGGAGGGGGAACUGAAGGCUGCCGAGUUGGGUUUCUUUCUGUUUCGGCGCAUGACACGCGAUUGGCUUCCUCUCUCCUGGUCCUCCAGGCUUCAGUUUCCCCUUUGGUAGCACAGGGGGAGUGUUUCUCGUUGAGGACAGAAGACAGCAUGGCCCACAGCCCAGGCCGAGGUCUCAGAAAUCCUGGAAAGUGACAGGUGCGGUCUGGUAGUUCUGCCAACCCUUGGUCAGGCUAAGGUGCCUUCACCAGGAGUUCCUGCCAUGCCAGGCUGUUAGGUCAGAAGUGGCUCUCUCUGGCCUUGUGUCCUGGGCUUUGAUUCUCAAAUCAAAGGUCAAGGUAGAUGAAUUUUUCCAACUCUGAGUCAUCCAGAGGAAGCUAAAGCCCUUCUCUAUUUGUAGAAAGUAUCAGGGACCCAGAAACCGGAGGGAGUAUGGCCUGGAAUCAGUGUCCCCGUAGCCUUUCCACUGAUAAGAGUUGAAUAGAGCCCACCAGGGAGGGUAGAAACUGAGGAGAUGCACACCUUUGCUUGUGUCUCUGCUUACUGUCCUGUGGUAAGUUGGCUGCCAGGGGAAUGCACUAGUUUUUGUGGGGUUUUGUUUUUUGAAUGGGAAAUCAGGGACCGCCAGCCACCUACUGCUGGUGGGUGGUGGGUUCUCUGAGGGUGAAACAGCCCUGCACCCUUCAGGGUUGGCUUGUGUCCUCACCCCCACAGAUACUAGCCCCCAAAUCAUCUCUCUAUGCACUUGUCAUUCCCUUGUUGUUCUCGUUUUUAUUUUAUAUGAGCAAGUCUAGAAUUCUGUCUGGUAGCUUUUGUAUACUUUCAUAUUUUUAAGGAAGUGUUGAUUCUGGGGACACAUCCUCUGUCCUCUGGACAGAUCUGAGCUUGAAAUAGGAGUUGUCCUAUAGGUGUCAUCCUUGAUCUUGGGAUGCUACCAGGGCUUUGUUCUUGGGUCCUUGAGCCUUGAAACCAUAAAGACCAGGGGAUGAUAGCAGGUCAAGGUGUUUGUUAUAAGGAAGAAGAGAACAGAGAAGGUGUUUCUGGGAAAUAUGAAACCACCUCCUCUAGUACAUAGAGCCUGUGCUCACAAUGGGCCUUGGUUCUUAUAGAAUGGAUGCUCAAUAUUUCCUAAUAAAAUAAGAGUCCCAUUCUUUUCCUGAAUCUGCCUUUCAAUGUGAACUUGACUAUUAACCAACCCACACCUCACUUCCCACCUACUCACCUCCUGCCAUAGGCUGAAAGUGGUCCAAGACCUUCAAGGAGUAAAAAUCAGUGGCUUUAAAGAACACACCUUUGGUGAACCAAGACCUAUGUGCUUGACCUGUGCACACAUCUGUCCACUGCCCUUUGCCAGCUGUGCAUUCAUUCAGUCUGUCAACCAAGACUUGGAGUGGCAGCUUUGGCAGCUUUGGCUAAGGAGCCAGGUGGCCUCCUAAGAAUGUCAUUGGGAAUGGUCUCUAUCCAGAAUCAGCUAGAUUAGAUACAAGAAGGACAUUUCUAAGCUCAGCAGUGAUGGUUGUUAAACCAAACCAUGUAGGCUGUGAGAUCCCCAUCAUUAAUCCUAUUCCUUCACUUAACUUGGCAAACACUGAGGACUUAAAUACCAUCACUGUGCUAGGUACUAGGGAAAGGUGAUGAAGAAGAAAUCCCAUUACCUGUCUCCAUCAAGUUCUUACAGGAGGAAUAAUCCCAUCUGUCUGGGAAGCUACAAGAGCCAUUCAAGGGAGAAUGGAUACAGUGCUUUCCUAGCUGAAAAUAAGUUCUGGGAUUUGGGUUGUAGAAGAUACUGGCUCUCUUCUUCCCCCAAGUCUCAACUUAAGAAAAAGAACUGACAUUAAACUUUGCAAAACUUUCUAUUUUACUCCUCUCUACCUGGUAGGCACACAAAAUAUCUUAGAAAAAAGGGACACAAGAUCAGGCUGGACCCACAAUGGGAAAUGACACACUGUGGUCCUAGAAAGGUCGAGUCUUUCGCUUCCUGUCCUGCUUGCCCAUGAAGCUGGUCUGCCGAGGCAGGGAGGGCAUGACACAGGCCUUCAUGCCACUCAGUGUGGGAUGGGAGGGCAGAGCCUUCUUCCCUAAAACCUGUCAGGAAGCCCCGGUCUCCUCGGCAGAUCUAUUUCCACCAUGUCUUGGCUCUCAAUUCAGUUACACCUGUGUUUCUGUACCAAGAACAUCUCCCCUAAAUGUACAUGCCUUUAGGGACUGAGGUUUUUGUCCCCGGUUUGUUCUGAGUUCAUGGGAACAGCCUUGGGACAGUUAAACAUUUAUAAUAAGGGCCUCCUGGAUGGCUCAGUCAGUUAAGUGUCUGACUUUUGGUUCUGGCUCAGGUCAUGAUGAGUCUCAUCGAGGAGCCUGCUCAGCGGGGAGUCUGCUUCCCCCUAUCUGCUCCCCGCCACACCCCACAGCACUCUCUCUCUCUAAUACGUAAUAAAUGGUAAAAAGAAAACAAAGAGCAAUGCUUUACCAUUAGCAAGUUCCCCAUGCCCAUUUUGGCAGGUCUCCGUGACUUGCCCACUUCCCUCUCCUGGGCCCUACGGGGGCUGCUUUGUACCCUUCAGGCCUCUUCCUCAGACCCAGCCAACUCCCAGGCUUGGCGCCCCUUCCUGGAGAAUGUGUCAGGAACCUCCCUCAGCAUCCCAGGCCCAGAGCAACAACAACUCCACAGUGCGUGCCUCACUUCCGUCCUCCUGGCUCAGCCUGGAGAUGGGCAUUCAGGGUGGCUGAGACCCAUCUCCGCCUGUGUUAGCCUCCACUUUUCUCCUUCCCUGGUUCCCAGUCUCUACCAGGUUCAUCCCCCAGCUUACGUGCCACAAUCAGUCGUUCCUAGAGCCACAGAUCCAGUAUUCCAGAAGCCACCUUCCUGUGGGCCUCGCAUCUCCUCUGAGCAGUACCGCCUUACCCGGCCUCGCCCAACCCCAAACAUGGGAGUCUUCCAACACUCCUUCCUCGCUUGCCUCCCUUGGAGCCCUCAGGAAUCUGGCCCUACAGAUCCUGUCUCCCUAUUAACACCUCCCGGCUCCUACGUGACCGUCACCCUCUGACCCCGGGUACAGUUCAGCCCCUUGCAACCGCAGUAGCCCCCAAGCUCCCGCCAGCCCUGCCUCUACUUCAUCCUCCAAGUUAUAGGCAGCGUGAGUGACCUCCAACACAGAGCACAGCCUGUCACUGCACAGUGUAACCCCCUGGAGCUCCCAUCCCUACAGAAAGGCCAUGUUCCUUGGAAUGCACAUGAAGUCUUCCCAACAGGGCCUCUAUAGAACAUCUUCGUGACACCCCAAUACCCUGACCAUCCUUGCCCCUUGACCACUCCCUUUGAACGUGCCCUCGCCUUGUCCUCAUGAUGUUCCCCUUUCCUGGAAUGCCUUGUCCACCUAGGGCAUACCUGCGCAGCUCUGGAAACUCAGCCUGGGUACCCCCUCCUCUGAGAAGCCUUCCCUGCACUUCUCUGGCAGACCUGACGCUGUUUCCACGCCCGUGCACUGUCCAGCUUCAGAGCCUGGGACAGAAUUCUGCCCCUCUGCCUUUUCUUUGUCAUGUUCAUACUGAACUCUGUCUCCAGCACCUGGCUCAGGGCCUGAUGUGUGACAUUCCGGAACUCCCUUAAUUUUUACAAGUUGAGUUCUCUUCAUGGGGAUAUACGGAAAUGCAAGAGGCAGGUAGAGUCCCAGAUUCUGAGCUGGAAAAUGGACUCUGUCUCCCACACGUCCCUUUGGUUAAGAUGUUAAAUGUAAGUUAGUUUUAACCUCAGUGCCUCUCACCUAAGUUAUGAUUUAUUGGUAUUGGUGGAUGAAGUUACAGCUGAAGAUAUUUAUAAAAACCAACUAACCAGAGCUCCGGGCUGGCCCAGUCACUAGAGCAUGCAACUCUUGAUCUCGAGGUUGU